UUUCUGAUUUUUUCUUCUCUGCUGUUUUCUUUCAAAAAUUUGAUGGGUUUUCUUUCUGGGUAGUGCUUGAUUGGAUGUAGUAGUUGUAUUAAUUGUGGAGGCAUUGGUAGUUGUGAAGUUUGACUAGCUUUUUUCUUGGAGUAUUAAGUAAUGGUUUCCUAUCAAGUAAUUGGACGGCAAGGUUGGGGUUUUGUGCUUGGUUUUUACUUAGUUAUUAUGUGAUAUACGCUGUAAUUACUCCAAUUUCAUGAACCCAGUUGCCAAAUUAGGGUUUUUGAUGUGUUUGUGAGAUUGUUUUUGUUGCGGUAAUGGGAGUGGACCACAUGAGACUAUCCUAUCUUGUUAGGGUUUUUGAUUUUUAUUUUGAUGAUGAAGGAAGAUAAAGAGUUCUUGAUGUCUAUCUUCCAUUUCUUUUGUUUCUGAUCUUUUUGCUUCUGUUUUCUGUAAAAAUUGAUGCUUUUGGUUCUGGGUAGUGUUGGUCUCGUCGGAUGUAUGCAAACUUUGUGAGAAACUUGUGCUUGAUUGGAUGUUGUAGUUGUACUACUUGUGGAGGCAUUGGUAGUUGUAAAUUUUGACUAGCUUUUUUUCUUGGUUAUUAUUUAAUGGUUUCCUAUCAAGUAAUUGGACUUCAAGGUUAGGUGUAUUUUUUUGGGGUUAAAUGUAGAUUUUAUAGCGAAAGCAGACCUUACAAAAUACAUCAAGGGCAUCCCCUUAGCAACAACCAGCAGCUACACAAACAUUAGACAAAGAACUAGCCUGAUCAACAGUGUAGGAGAUAGUUUCCAAGCAUUACACAAAGUUAGAUUUUUCUGCAAGAUUAGGGUUGUUAACUUGGUUCGGGCUUUUUAGGUUAUUAUGUGGUAUGCCCUGUAAUGACUCCAAUUCCAUGAACCCAGUUUCUUAGCAAAUUAGGGUUUUUGAUGUGUUUGUGAGAUUGGUUUUAUUGCAGUACUUGGGGUGGACCACAUGAGACUAUCCUAUCUUUUGUUAGGAAAUAAGAUUUCUGCAUGCCAGGGGGAAGGGAAAAGGACAAGGGGAAGCAAAAGGAGGUGUUUGUAAGCCGUAUGUGUUAAUCAGUGAUCACUGUUGAAAUUAAUUUUCAGCAAGAACCAGUUGAUGAGAUUAAGGGAGUGGGAGGAAGUAUUGACGUUCUUUGAGGCACGUGUACGGCGAAAUUUGCGAUUGAUGUUUUGUGUUUACUUGUGUGUUUGGAGUACAUGUCAACUUUGUUAGUUAGUCCUAGUCUGUCUAAGAUGGAGUUAAUGAUGUUGGAAGCUAGCGCUUGGGUGGAUGUAAUUGUGUUACUUGGGGAUAGUGAAAGUAAAUUUUCUGGUUAAUCCGUUCACGAAAGAGCUAGUUGUAACUUGAACCCCCGUAACCUAUUUGCUAAGCCAAAGGCAGAACAUUAAACACCAUGGGAAAUUAUGACGGUGGCCUUCGCCCUUACCUACCUAGUUUAGCCUUUAGGUGCUGAUUUUGAUAUGGUAAUGAUGAAUGAAAUUGAAUUUGUUUCCCUAAUUGGAGGGUUACACUGGGCUCUUGUUGAGUGAUUACCCUUUUUGGGUUGGAUAUCAGUCGGGUUGGAUUGGGGGUGGGGGCGAAUGGAUUCGUUUGAGAGGUGAUACUCUUUCUUUGGAAGAUGAGAUUUCUGCAGCUUAGAAAGGGGAAAAAAAGAGUUUACUAUCAGCUUAAAUUCUUUAAUAUCAGUUGGCCAAACUCUUUACCUAGAAUUUACUAUCAGCUUAGAAUCCUUAGAUUCAUGCAACAAAUCGUCAAAUUAGGUAAUCCUUGCCCUUUCACCAAAUUGCAUGCUGGGGGAACAAGAACACAAAAUAGACACGCCAAGGGGCAUGUCUGAUGGGUGUCCCGGUGUGUGCAUGCAACAUGCAUCGGACACCGAAAGGUGCCUAGAAAGUACAAAAUUGUUUAAUUCGUUUUGUUUUUUGGGUGAAGAAAUUGCUUUGGUACUUGCUCCAGAAAGCAACUGGAGUGUUACAUAGUUCUCACCUAGAAGAUGUACUGUUUUUCAACCUUGAAAUCCAUUGUCUAAGGACUUGAAGAUCAGGAUUGAAGAAGGUGGUAAAAUGACACUUUUGUAGAUGUUUUCCAUUCACAAGUUUGAGAUUAUUGGUGGUGUCAUAAGAAAAUUAGGAGUUCAUGACCUAAUUAUGACGGUUGACUAUUUAAUUUUGAAGACUAUUGUUUUGAUGUUGUGUACCAUCAUUGACAUGAUUACAGGUGCUAUAUUUUCCAUUUGUAUAACCAAACCAAACCAAACCCAACCAAGCCAAGCUUGUGUUCCAACCAAUAUAUGGUUGACCAAGAAUAUUUGAUGGAAGAUGAUUGAAGAGAUGGAUAAAAUGGCUGCUGCUGCUCCAUCAUCAGAGCUGGCUCAAAGACUUUAUGACAAGAAUAUAGAGUUGGAGAAUAGGCGUCGUAGGUCGGCUCAGGCAAGAGUCCCUUCAGAUCCAAAUGCCUGGCAACAGAUGCGUGAAAACUAUGAAGCAAUUAUACUGGAGGACCAUGCAUUUUCCGAGCAGCACAAUAUCGAAUAUGCUCUGUGGCAGCUUCAUUAUCGGCGAAUUGAGGAAUUCAGAGCACACUUUAGUGCUGCUUUAGCUUCAAAGGGUUCCAGCACAUCUCAGGUUGUAAAGGCUCCCCCUCGACCUGAUCGAAUUAGUAAAAUACGUGUGCAGUUCAAAACUUUCCUUUCUGAAGCGACUGGAUUUUACCACGAUUUAAUUCUGAAAAUUAGAGCAAAAUAUGGGCUUCCUCUUGGUCAUUUUCCUGAAGAUUCAGGGAAUCAAAUUACCAUGGAGAAAGAUGGGAGGAAAUCUACUGAGAUGAAGAAAGGUUUGAUAUCUUGUCAUCGUUGUUUGAUAUAUCUUGGUGACCUUGCACGUUAUAAAGGAUUAUAUGGCGAGGGGGAUUCCAAAAGUCGUGAUUAUACAGCAGCUUCGAGUUAUUACAUGCAAGCUGUGUCUCUUUGGCCAUCAAGUGGGAAUCCCCAUCACCAGCUUGGUAUUUUGGCGACCUAUUCUGGGGACGAGUUAAUGGCAGUGUACCGUUAUUUUCGGAGUCUCGCUGUGGAUAGUCCCUUUCCAACUGCAAGGGAUAACUUGAUUGUUGCGUUUGAAAAGAAUCGUCAGAGUUACUCUCAGCUGCAUGGCGAUACAAAAGCUUCUGCUAUUGGUGAAUCACCUGUGCAGAAGAAUGUCAAAGGAAGUGGGAAAGUGGAGGCAAAACUCCAAUCUAAGGAUGCCAAUGUUGGUAACAGCCUUGCAGCAGAAACGACCGUUAACAGUGACCUAUACAAAGUUUUUUGCACUCGAUUUGUUCGUCUAAAUGGCAUUCUUUUCACACGCACUAGCUUGGAAACAUUUGCAGAAGUUCUUUCUCUGGUUAGCCAUUCUUUGAAUGAGCUUCUUUCAUGUGGGCCGGAAGAAGAGCUGAAUUUUGGCAAAGAUGCUGUUGAGAGUGGACUUACCAUUGUUCGACUUAUCUCUGUUCUUGUAUUCACUAUUCACAAUGUGAACAGAGGUGGUGAAGGUCAGACUUAUGCGGAUAUUGUGCAACAUAAGCUUGUGCUUCAGAAUGCAGUUACUGCAGCUUUUGAGUUAGUAGGGCACAUGAUGAAGAAAUGUGCACAGCUGCGUGACCCUUGUUCAAGUUACCUGUUUCCUGGAAUUCUUGUUUUCGUAGAAUGGUUGGCUUGUUCCCCUGAUGUUGCCACAUUAAGCGAAAUAGACAAUAAGCAAACAACCGUUGGAUCAUUAUUCUGGAACCAUUGCACAUCUCUCUUCAAUAAGCUUCUAGCAAGUAGGCUGGUUGUCAUGGAUAAUGAAGAUGAUACCUGUUUUUUGAAUAUGGCUACCUAUGAGGAAGGGGGAACGGAAAACCGGUUUGCUUUGUGGGAGGACUUUGAGUUGAGAGGAUUCUUGCCUCUUCAACCUGCACAAAGUAUUUUGGACUUUUUGGGGAAACGUUACAUGGGGGGUGAUGGAAACAAAGAGAAAACUGCUCGUGUUAAAAGGAUUUUAGCAGCAGGAAAGGCUCUAUCAAAUGUAGUUAAGGUUGACCAAAAAUUAAUGUUUUUUGAUGCGAAGCUGAAGAAAUUUAUUUUUGGAGUUGAACCUCCAAAGGCAGAUGUUUUGACGCGCACACCCUUUUUGGGCGGCCCUAAUUCAUAUGAUUUGAGUAAGCUUCCUACAGAGACUGCAAAAGAUGCCAAUUUUGUGCAGCCAAAAUCACAAUUUCAUGAAGAGGAGGAUGAAGAGAUCGUUUUCAAGCCAACAGCAACGGAAAACCGGAGUGAUUUGUCUGUUCCAAAAGAUUUUGUCUCUGUAACAGCUCAUCACGAUGAUCUUCCCCAGCAGAAUGCUUUUGAUGCAGUUUUGCUUCCGCCUGUUUUAGUUGCCAAUGGUUUCCUACAGCAUCCUCAACCAAUUCAAUCACACUCUUCAAUGUGGUUGGGCCAACAAGCUUCUCUUGCUAAUGGCUUGAGAAAUUUGCACAUCUCGGAAAAUGGACAUGGAAUGAAACCUGGAUUGCAAGAAGAUACAGCCAUUUCACACCAUUAUUCACUUUCGCUCCCCGUCCAACAAUCUGUCAAUGCGAAUGCAAGUGCUAUAUCUUAUAGUCAGGCAGAAAGGGGAACACAAUCCAAGAUUGACCUUUUUGCACCUUCUGCAGUUACCUCUGGCAGUUUUGCUGUAAAUACAUCCUCAGCAUUUGCAGCAAGUUCGAGAAAAAGUCCGGUAAAACGACCUGUAAGGCAUGUUGGCCCUCCACCUGGUUUUAACUCUGUCCCUCCUAAAUCAGAAAAUGAGCCCGUUUCUGGGUCAGAUUUGGUGCCUCAUAAAAAUAUCUCUGCGGAUAACUAUGGCUGGUUGGAUGGAUAUAAGUUGCCCAUACCAAUGGAGGGCUUGGGGCUUAAUCUAUCUUCUAACUACUCCGUGGGGACAAGUAGUUUUCCCUUUCCUGGAAAACAAGUUCCACCAAUGCAGUUUCCCGAGGAAAAUCAGAAGGGCUGGGAGAAUAUCCAUUCUCUAGAACAAUUAAAUUUGCAACAAGAACAACUGCGUCUGCAGCAACUCAGGAAUGGAAGUCAGCAGUUUAUUCCACCUACUGAGCAAUAUCAUGGGCAGUCCAUAUGGGGAGGUCAUUACCCAGUGUGAAUCAUUGGUAGAGCAGCAUCAUAUGGUCCUUGAGAAUGUCUGAUGGAUGUCCUGUGUCUUGCUGCUACCAUUUUUAUUCUCCAACUUGGCGGACCUAUCAAUUUUCAGUUUUUACGGUUGGAGCAUGGUGGUGUUAGCUUAUUGCGGGCUCUUGCUAUUUGACAAAUUGCGCUGGGCUUGAGGCCGGAGGAAGCAAACAACUGCUCUAUCUAAAUCCUGUCCGCAGAGAUACAAUAGGCGGUAAUCCACGGAUGUUGGGGCUUGUCUCAAGCAGUUGGGUUCGAAUUGUGUACAACAUGAUUCUGGACUAGUUUGUUAGUCUGGUUGUCGGAUCGUCGUUUGUGCGUCUUGAUCGGUUCUUUGGAAGCUGUUACGGUGUUACCAUAGUCAUCUUGGAACUGAUAAUGCAUGACAUUUACCCAUCCAGUUCUUCCCCAGAAAACUUCAGCUGGUUGAUACCUGGUAUGUUGCUAAGAGCCUAAGAUUGAGUUGGGUGUAUAUCUGAGCAUGAAGUGGCUAUAUAAAGAUAACUAUUAUAUGCGUAGUUUUAUUCAAAUGGUCGAAAACAUGUUAUUCGUCUGAAUCAUCUUAAACUGCUUUUGUUUGGUUAUGCUCAAUUUUCUAGUUUGAUGACUGGUACAAUAAGGAAAUGAUUUGUGGAGUAUAUCUGCUAUUUCAGUUUCCCUUUGAUUUGAA